AUGAAAUUAUUACUAUUAUUUGUAUUUUUUAUUUUUAUUUGUUUUACUAAAGCUAAUAAUUUAGUUGGUCUUGAAGUAGAUUCUUCUUCAGUCACUAUAAAAACUUUUAAUUAUCAAGGAUCAAAAUCAAAUCCAUUACCAGGCAAUAAAUUAUUAAAAUUAAGUGGUGCUCAACCAUUUAGGGUUUCGGCAUAUGAAGAAUCAUAUGUUGUAUCAGCUGUUAGAGGAUCAGACUAUUAUGUUGUUUUAGCAAAUACAAAUGAAUAUAAUCAAGGUACUUUCUUAUAUGCCAUCAAUUUAAAUUCAAAUGAAUUAUUUAUUAAAGGAUAUUCACCAGUUAAUUUAUUAUAUAUUGUUGGUUUAACUUAUAAUGCCAAAUCAGAUCAAUUGGUUGCAGUAUCAUCAAUGAAUUAUGAUGCCCUCGAACCAUAUUUUGAUGUUGUUUUAAUUGAUCCAACUACUGGUGAAAUCAGCAAAAAUUUAACUACCGGAAACUCUUACCCAGAUAAUACUUGGUACUCUGGACUCUACACCUCAAGCGAAUCACUUGGGGAAAUUUACAUUUUAUAUCAAAGUAUGGAUGAACAAACCAAUAAUACAAUUAGUGGAUUUACUACAAUUAAUGCUAUCGAUGGUACUUUUGUUAGUAACACUUGGUUAAAUUCAAAUAAUAACUUUGUUUACAGUUUUACUUUUAAUGAAGCUACUCAAAUGAUUUUAUCUACUCUUUCUGAUUUCGAUGGUAAAAAUUUACAAUUUGUUUCAAUUAAUCCAUCAAAUGGUGAUAUUACUACAAUUAAUAAAAAUAGUGACCAAGUUUGUGCUGGAUCUGGUCCUGUUGUAAUUGAUGGUAUAUUUUUAUCCCCAGGUAAAGAGCCAAAACCAAGCCACCAAUUAUUUUUAGUAGAUACCAACUCUGGUAAUAUUGAAAAAGAUUAUUUAAAUAUUUUAAUGAGUGGUAUCUCUUAUUUAAGCGCCUAUUAA